GCCCUCACUUUUGGCAAACUUUCAUCAACAGUUGGUUGUUGCUGCAAGGUAUUGCUAAGAAACAGACAACUCUGUUAGAAGAGAUUGAAGAUUCGCCGGCAGAAGAAGGACCGCGACGUGAAACGUUCGAAACGAGAAGUUAACAAGGAACGAGGGUUACCCGAACUAAAUUACGUUCUUCAAGAUUUUACAGAACGAUCUUGAAAAUCAACCGAUGGCGUUACUGGCGAGAUCAGUUCCAUGUUUGUUCUUAUUUCUUCUGAUGUUUAGUUUGGCUGUUGGAAGACCACAUGAUAGAGAAAGGCGCAGUGGAAUAUCUGACCAGCGCCUGGCUGAAAUAGAGACAUUAAUCGCUAUGUACAAAUUGAACAGAAACAGAGACAAGGAGGUAACAGGUUCCGUCGCUUUUGGAGCUUUUGACCCGACGAUACUAGGAAAAAAGAAGAGGUCGUAUAGUGUGUCUGCUGUCGAAAACAAAUAUGGUGGUCCUCUUCGAGCCGACAACACAAAGAAUGAAGAGGACUCUGAGACGUCCUCGACUGCUGAGCUUUCAAGUUUGACCAGUAAAGAUGUCCCUGACCACUCUAAGAUGGACAUUCUUCAUCUGCGGAAGAUCCUGGCCAAGCUACGAACUAUAAACGAACAAAUCCAACACGAUAAUACAUAUAAAUCUUACAUGAAGGUCUAAGAAAAUGAAAUUCCAGAACCUGAAGAUGGUGGAGUGUGGGAAAAUUAAUAUAUCCUGCGCUGCUUCUUGUAUUUAUAUUUAUUUUGUACAUAUUUAUUUAUUUUCAUGAUCAGGUGAAAAACAGGGUGAUCAUAAAGUAAGUAUUUCACUUCCUAGCACUGUAGUGUCUAAACUAUAAGGUAUGCCAUCAAAUAGACGUGUCAAUACAUGAGACUGAUGUGUAUAAAACUAAAAAAUCACGAUACCAACGCUCUACAUGUUUCGAUGGACUACAUAAUCCAGUAUAUUUCCGUUUGUUUCUUUUUAACCUUAUACAAAUAAAGUUACUGUCUACAUGAAAUGUUGGUGUCAUGCAUUUAUUAGACAUGUCAAGUCACACAGGGGCUACCAAUUGUAGUACUUAACAAACCUUGCCAUAGGGGGCGCUUCCAAUGUAUAAUUUACACUGAGAUCACGCUGAAUGUUCAAUAUGCGUACCUGCUACACCUGCAGUGCAUUACAUACCUGUAACCAGCCACGUUUUUUUUUUCCAGUAUAUAGCUUAUCUCUCUUUAAUUACCAUGUUUCAAAUCAGGAAUGGUGCACGGGUCCACCAGACAGACAUGCGACUUCAUAUUACAGUAAAACCAGAAAUCUGCAGAUAAGAAGUAGCGGGAGAUGACCCCGUUUUCAUCAAAGUAUGACUGUAACAGUUUUCAGGCGAGCACGUGUUGUUGCUACAGCUAGGGUAUCAUGUGAUCAAACAGCUGAUAAAGCCGUUGACGUUCUUGCGCGGUCCUUAGGGUGUUGGUUCCUCGAAGAAUAAAAACUGUCGUGAAUUCACACCAGGGAAUUUUCAUCAUUAAGAACUCAUUCAGCUCCGUAUGUUGACACCCCCAUCAAGACGAAUGGACUACAACAGUCCAAAGUAUAAUUAUAUUAUUUUGGCACUUGUGUAUAAAGUUAAAAUCAUAACUAAUAUUUAACGUUAAACUGGUAUUGCCGUGGGUCCCGUUUCUAGACACAUAAUUAUAGUAUUUUGGCACUUGUGUAUAAAAGUAUGUUCGCUGUUCGCGCAAGGAAUUGUUGUAUGGGCAACUAUUUACUUAGGGGUCUGCGAGAAGUGCUAGCUCUACGCAUGAGCAAAGCGAGCGACUGCUUGGGGCCUUGCGCUGUUCCAAACAAAUACAUAUAUAUAUAUAUAUUUUUUGCUACUGCAGUUCCCCAUGAAAUAAAAGCUCGUAGAAAGUAUUAUACCUUUCUAGAACGCUAAUCAAGUAAAAAUAACAAAAAAGUUAAUUUAUUAUUUGUAUUUCUUAGAAUAAAACAAAUAAAUUGCAACAAAAGAUAUGUUAAAAUAAUAGGCAUGUGAUUUGAGCAUUGCUUUUAAAAAAAUUACUGUGGGGGAAGGAGAAGAAGUACUUUCCUGUAAAGCACGCAUAAUAUUAGUGGAGUGUGUGACCAAAUAUCCCUCCUGUUCAGCGUAGUUGUUUGUUGUUGUUGUUUUUUGCACGUUCAUCCAAUUUCCUCCAAUUUUUUAAUCAGUUUAAGGUAUUUCAGAUUAUUUGCCUCUGCGUUGUAGCCAUCUGUAUAGUAAAGGCUUCACUAUUUGCCUCUGCGUUGUAGCCAUCUGUAUAGUAAAGGCUUCACUAUUUGCUUCUCAUGGUAUUUUUGAAGAAAAUGCAAAUUAAGUAUUGGUAUCGUCCCAUAUGGCAAGAUUUGGAAAUAGAUAUACGUUAUUUCCCCCAUGUGUUAUUUAUCAUACCCGUUACAUGGCACUAUAGUUCUGAAAUGAAAUACACACUUAUUAUCAUCCUCUAUAGUUAUGUUGGUCUCGUUGUGUAGGUCGCUGUUGUCAUUGGAGUAUUUCACGAUCAGAAACGCGGAUGUUGCUUGUUAACUCAAGCAUAUUUAAUUAACUAUUAAUGAAUAUUUAAAAAUUAUUUAUUGUAUCACAAUACGUUUGUUUCUUAAUUUAUUUUUACCUAAUUUAUACAAUGUUUUUAAUCAUGUUGGGACGGUGUACAGUUUCCGUUGCCUGAAAUAAAACGUUAUAUGCGUAUUAAAAAUAAA